AUGGCUGAAUAUGACGAUGCUGAUAGAUGUAGUGCUUUGGUAACUCACAUGGAAGAUGCAAGAGUAAUGCGGCCUUGGCUUGAGCUAAAGAUGCUUGAUCUCAAUGAGAUGAUUAUUACGCAACUUAAGAAGCAAGAUGCUUCAUUCCCUAAUGUCACUAAGGGCAUUCUUGUAGCAAUGGCACUUUUUUUAUUGGCAAAGCUGGUUGAUGUCUUCUUGAAGUGA